UCGUAUCUCGCAAUUCUCGUUUGUAAAACGAGUGUAUGUGUGAAGUAAAUCGAGAUAUUCACGUGAUUCACAUUUACAGUAGUAAAGUGAUUACUUGGUGGGUUCAACCCAUUUUUAAAAGAUAUAAAGAAAUUAUUUAUUACAAAGAUAAUGGGAGCGUCAUUAUUACCAAUUUUAUUUUUUACAUUUUUGUGGGGAAUAGUAGGAAUUGUCUUACCAAUUUUUGUUCCCAAAGGUACAAAUCGUGGAAUUCUUCAGGUUAUGCUUAUAUUGACAGCAUUUACAUGUUGGUUGUUCUGGUUAUGUUGUUACAUGGCACAAAUGAACCCUUUAAUUGGUCCAAAAUUAUCCAAAUUUACAAUUCUUAUGAUGGCACGAGAAUGGAGUCAAGUCCAGUUUGAUUCAACAGUAGAAUAAUUAUAGAGACAAUAAAGAAUUUAUUAUAGGUAUAUGAAAUCGUCUCCAAAAAGUUGUAUGACUAAUGAAAUACAAUGAAAAACAAAUUCAAAUAUUUGUUAAUAUCGGAUAUCUUGGAAAUAUUGCAUCAAGCAUUAACAUACAUUCUGAUAAAUUGAAUUAAUAUAUAUUUUAUAACAAUUGUAUAUUUUCAUUUAAUGUAAAAUAUUGUUUUAGUGUAAUGUCAUAUUGUAAAAGGAAUAGUGUAUAUUAUGUAUCAGUGAUAAUAGUGAUGAUAACAACAAUACAAUAAGAAUAAAACAAUUCAUGUUUAAAUAAA